CAGGAAGUGAGGCCACAACCGAGGCGCAGGCGCAAUGGCGCAGCGGCUUAGGAAUUGGGGAAUGAACGAUUUCGGCGCGCUGCGUUUUUCUUAUCGGUAGCAAGGUUGGAGGUGGAAGAUUGAUAUGAAUCAUGGAUGAUGCAGAAGAGGAUUAUAUGUCUGAUUCAUUUAUUAAUAUUAACCAGGACAUCAGGCCAGGAAUGCCGAUGUUGAGACGUGUGAAGGAAACUUUUAAAAAAGAGGAAAAAGUAAAAGAAGCUAACCAGAAAAGUAGGCAAAAGAGCAUCAAAGAACAAGAAAAAGAGCAACGUGAAAUGGUUUUAAAUGUUGCUUUGGGGAAUGAAAAUAAAGGCUUUGCUAUGCUCCAGAAGAUGGGGUACAAAAGUGGCCAGCCUCUUGGCAAAAGUGGAAAGGGGAUAGUUGAACCCAUUCCUCUGAAUAUUACCACAGGAAGAAGUGGGCUUGGCCAUGAAGAAUUACAAAAACGAAAAGCUGAGGAAAAGCUGGAAAACUACAGGAAAAAAAUGCAUGUGAAAAAACAAGUGGAAAAGCAGACAACUGACCUCUUCAAAAUGAGAUUGAAGACCAAGCAGGAGCAACUGCAAGUAAAAAGGGACCUCGAGAAAAGUCAGAAAGCAUGCCAACAAUUAGAUACACAGAAAGGCCUUGAAGUCCCCAAAGAGGUUUGGUACUGGUUAAAUCCAAAGACUGAAGAAGACAAAGAGGAAGAAGAAGAGGAAAAGGAGGAGGAGGAGAAGGAAGAUGAACUCAAUGAAUCAGAAAAGUUAAUCAGUUUAACAACUUACUUAAGAGAAGAGUAUCUCUAUUGCAUCUGGUGCGGAACAGCCUACCAAGAUCAAGAAGAUCUAUCUUCAAAUUGCCCUGGGAGCACAUAUAUAGAUCACGAAUAAAUAUAUCAAAAUUCAAAACAAUAGCAAAAUUCUGUAAUUUCAAUGAAGAGCAGAGCUGUGAACUAUGCUGUUCUAUAAUUUUCAUUGAGCAAAUUGGUUGUUUCUCAAUGCUGUAUAUUUGGGUAUAAAAUGGGUUUUCUUCUCUAUUUAAAAAUUCUUUGGAAUAGGAACUAAUAUGUUAUUUUUCCAAGUUUUUUAUUAUUAUUUUUAAUCCUAUGUUUACUUCUGAAAAACAAAAUUAAAAUCUAACAGAAUUGACUAGAUUGGAUAAAUGCAUGCUUUGAUUUCAGCAAAGUAAAAAUUUCAAGAAACCCUAAAACAAUGAAUUUAGCUGUUUGAAGAUUAUUGUGUUUAAGUUCACAAUAACACUUUGAAUAUAGGAUUUAAUGAGGGGCUCAUGGAAAAUAAU